CCAAUGACCAGUGUCCUUAUACGAAGAGGAAGAGACACCAGGGAUGUACAAGCACGGAGAAAAGACCAUGUGGAGAUACUGCAAGAAAGCAGCCAUCUGCAAGCCAAGGAGAGAGGCCUCAGCAGACACCAAACCUCCCAACAUCUUGAUCUUGGACGUCCAGCCUCCAGAACUGUCAUCUUCAGGUGGUGGAAGAUCUCUUUGAGGAGUGAGUAUCGAUCAACAAAACCUGGAGAAGUAAAAGAAAGUCAUGAAGACUUCCUAGAGAAUUCACAUCUUCAAGUUCAAAUUGCCUUAAUAUUUGGUGCAAGAAUAUUAGACCAUGUCUUCAAUUUGUGUGAAGGUAAAUUUGACUUCCUUGAGCGGCUUUCAGACAAUCUGCUCCUGAGUAUUAUUUCUUAUCUGGAUCUUGAAGAUAUUGCCAGGCUUUCUCAAACAUCGUGCAGAUUUGCAAAGUUGUGCAUGGCUGACAAACUGUGGGAGCAGAUAGUUCAGUCUGCGUGUGACAACAUCACCCCCGAAAUGAGGGCCCUGGCCGCGGACAUGGGCUGGAGGCAGAUGUUCUUCACCAACAAACUGCAGCUCCAGCGGCGGCUCCGCAAGAGGAGAGAGAGACAAGAAAGCCAGAGAGACAGUCAGCUGUAGGGACACGUUUUCCUACCUGCAGCGACGUUGAGGCAAGGCUGGGUUUUUCUUCUGUGUCCAAAUCCCUUCUGUUUCCUUUGAUUAAGAACUAAGAGGUUUUGCUGCUUCAAGGAGCCAUCUGAAGAGCGUGGAGUAUUUGCACACUAAUGCAGUGCCUAGCCUGAACUACAGUCCCAAACUUGUGAGGGUCAGAUCGUGGCCCCAGCACAAGGGCUGCAGGACAGGUAGCCCCACAGUCCCCAUCUUCCCAUCCCCUGGCACCCAGAAGAAAAGAGGCUUCUGCUGUAUAGAAACAAACAAUAAAUGAUUAUUAGCAGGCUUUUACUACAUCUAGGCAUCAGAAAGGAUAAACUGGGCUUUUGAAUUUUUCCUGGUGUUGUAUCAUCUGAGUGCAUCCAUGGAGUAGGUGGCUGUCUGUCCCCACAGGGGACUGUGAGGGACAGGAGCCGCGGGGGGCACUCCCAGUGACGGCAGCUGUCUUCCCAACUCUGUUCUGCUAAGUUUAUAGUGAGCCUAGGAUGCCAGGCUCCACCCCCCAGGGAGACACCCCCUGACCCGGCCCUGGGGCGUGGCUGGAGAGAAGUCCAGGCAUCCUGCUUGCAGACCUCGUCCAGAGUCCAGCUUCCCAGGAAUUCACAUUGUCCAACAAACCUAUGAACAUUUUUUAGAUGGAUGCUGCUUCCCCAAAGGAAUGUGGACAGCUACCACUUUUAUAACGGGGAUUUUUAAGAACACAGGCUGUGGGUAACUGACUGAAAACCUAAAUAAACUUCUGGAUUCUGUUAACUUGGCAGAAGGGUAAAAACGUACAGCUUUAGGGGAGGAAAUUCUACCUCCCUGAGACGGGUUAUUUAAAAAUUGUUUUCUUCCUGCGGUCUCAUGGCGAUUAAGUACCCCCAGACAGUGAACUCAUAGCAGCAAAUAAUCUAAUGACUCCUUUUAGGCUGCAGAGCAAAGUAGCUUUCAACCGCCCAUUGUUGUAUUAACCUUAUCCUUUCUUUUCCCCUGCAGCCUCUACUUUGCUAUCUAGAAAAAAUAGCAUAUACUCCCUCUCCCUUCCCAUGCCAGAGAAAUUCCCUGUGAUGCAACAGGACCUCCAGAAUGGUACAGAAGAGGUAGACUCUGGCUGUUUUCCCGACCUAAGUCCUUCUGGAAUGGCUUCAUAGCCAUGGCUUAGUGACAAUUUUUUUCUUUUUUACUAAACCUGUGUUAAUAUGAAAUCGGAUUUUAACCCCCAUGCACACAACCUUAACAGUGUCAUAGAGUUCCAGAGACAUCUGUGACAUUAAGCACAGUCUACUUCCUGGCACAUGAGGAGGCUGUCAAAGAUGUGUCUGGAUUUAGUCCAAGCACAGAGCAAAGAUUUAAUUGGGAGAGACCCAGGCGUCCUUCCCUUCCCAGAAGAGAUCCUGCCAGGGCUCUGGCAGGCCGUGCGGGGUGACUGGCAGGCUGGCAGAGGGCAUGUGCAUCUCUGCAUGGCUCCUGCUGCCUUGUUUCUCCCUGAAAUUCCAGACUUCACUCCUGGCCAGGUUUUCAGUGACAGAACAUAGGUAAAUACCAUGUGUGCGCAACAACUGUGUGUAUGCACAAUUUGGUAUGUCAACGUAACUGCGUAAAUAUAAAAUUACAACUCAUUUGUAACAUCCAUGAAAAUGUCAACAGCUUAAAAAUUUCAUGUGUCAUGUUUUAUCAACUAACUGAGAUUCUGAAAGCUUAUGGGUAUGCCUAAUACUCUAGAUUUAAUAUGAAUCAGCAAGAAUGCAAAAAUAGCCAUUUGAAAAUUCUUAACUUAUCUAUGUAAAAUAUUAUAAAAAUAGAUGCUGAAAGCAAAUGACAAUUAACAAUGAGUUAUUAAUAUGUUGACUAUUGUUAAAUAAUAGUUAAAAUAACAUUGUUUCAGUAAUUAUUUGCCCUAAUAAUUUGGGUGCCUUAUUACUUGAUUAUAAUUAUUUUUGCCAAACUAUGAACAAUAUCAUCAACCGAAAAUCUUGCAUAGCACCAGCAUCCUUGGCGGUGGAAAAUAUCUUGCCCCUCUCUGCCUGGCUUCAUUUCCCAUGUUAGAUCCCACAUGACGAUCCCAUCGGAUGGGAGCAGGCAGGAUGGUCUUGCCUCUCUGCCUCUAUUGACAACUUUCGUGUGAAUGGAUAAAUCUCAUUUAUUUAUGACAUACCAUUUCAGAGGGAGAUGCCACAGCAUUUUAUAGUCUUGCCUUUCCUCAUCUUUUCAGUCAACUGUUUCUACUCUAUCAUUUACCAUUGUAAUUGUAAAAGUAGAAUACUGAUCUUUUCUGAUGGUUUAUAUGUUUAGUGUUAUAGAACAAUUUAUUAACAAUAGCAAAUGUGAAUAUUUAAUUUAUAAACUGAAAAAAUAAAUAGAUUUUGCUUCA